CCUGUAAUGCAUUGAGAUCGAUCUAAUCUACCUGAAGAGUUGUGCUUUGAAAAGAAGUUUGUCGUCAUUUUUUAAAAGACGUUCAGUCAAUUCAAUGAUGGACUUAUAAUGCCCCUUUGUACCUCCCAGUCUCUUCCACAUAUUUACAUUUUCUCCUCCCUAACCAACUACCCAGCAUCACCGGGGAAGUUGGGUAUUUAAGCCCUGUAACCUGACGCAACUAAUAGGAUGAGAGUGAUGUCGAGGGCGAUAUAUUCUCCUGGAAUGACGCACAUAUUGGUGCUUCACUUCACACUUGUGCUUACAGCUGCCACUGUCAUUAAUAACAGCACCAAUGGGUCUCAACCUCACAAGCUGAUUAUUGGCUUCCAGGCUCCCUGGAAUAUAUCCUUCCCCUUCAGUGCCCUGCGGCUGGGCUCAGCCCUGCAGAUAGCUGUGGAGAAGGUCAACACCAAUCCCUCCUUCCUGGGGAACUACAGUCUGGAUUUUGUGUACAUGGAUACAGACUGUAAUCCCAAAGUUUCCCUGGGAGGAUUCAUUCACCAGGUGUGGAAAGAAAAUGUGUCUGCACUAUUUGGUCCAGCGUGCCCUGAAGAAGCCGAGGUCACUGGUCUAAUUUCAUCCGCAUGGAACAUCCCCAUGUUCGGCUUUGUGGGACAAUCCUCCAAAAUGGACAACAGUGAUAUCUAUGAUUCCUACAUCAAAAUUGUGCCCCCUCUUAAGAGAAGCUCGGAGGUCCUGGUGAAGACCUUGGAGUUCUUCAGGUGGAAUCAUGUAGCGAUGAUUGGAGGGGGAUUAGAGUCAAACACUUGGGACAAAGUUGACGCUUUGUGGAAAACCGUCGAGAAUCCGCUGAGAGAGAAAUUCAAACUGGCUGCAACUAUCAAGUUUGAUACCAGCAAUCCUCAGCUUGUUUAUCGAAAUAUUAAGUACAUCGCAACAGUCGCCAGAGUAAUUGUGGUACUAACAAACAAAGAGGACUCUAUGGCUCUUUUGCUGGAGGCCGAGCGACAGGGUCUGAUGAAUGGUGACUAUGUGUUCUUCCUGGUGCAGCAUUUUGAGGUCAGUGGCAGCGUGGAUAACUUGUGGAAAUAUUCCCUGAACAACAAGAUUAACCAAGACGCCAUAAGAGCUUUUGACAUGGUCUUUAUCAUUGGCCAGAAAUCCUACGAAGGCUAUGAGUACUAUGACUUCUUUGAGCAAGUUUUUGAAAGACUAAAAGGGCACCCAUUCCGGAGCAACCUGACAUCCGACAGAGAGAUCAGCCCUUACUCUGCCUAUCUGCACGAUGCAGUGCUUCUUUAUGCGAUGGGACUGAAGGAAGUCCUCAAAGAUGGAAAAGACCCUAAUGAUGGACGGCAGCUGAUACGGAGAUUAAAAAAUAAAAAUGACAUUCGGUUUUAUGGUGCGUCUGGACUUGUCCACUUUGACAAAGAGGGGGAGAGAAACCUGGACUAUUCUAUUUAUGACCUGCAGCAUACAGGAGAUGUCACCAAGUUUGUACCCAUCCUCAAUUUUGACAGUCACACCAAAGCUGUCCGGCCAACAUCUUCGUUUGCUUCUGUGGUCUGGCCGAAAGGAAGACCCCCUUCUGAUAAACCAGAAUGUGGUUUCAACAAUGAACAAUGUGAAUGGCUGGUUAAUGAAAUCGCCCUGCUGGCUCUACUUGUGACCUUCCCUGUCAUCGGUGUGCUAGCAGUUUUGUGCAUCGGUGUCCUCAUUCUGCAGAAGUUUCGACUCCAGACGCGACUUGGCGACUCCUGCUGGUGGCUGAUCACCUACAGCGAUAUCACCAUCAUCAGGGAGUCCUCAGGAACUCAGGGUUUAUCUCUAACCACCACAGCUAGUCAGAGUGGGAGCGGCGGCUCUCAGUCCAAUUUCUCUAACAACAGCUAUGGCCUGAAAGACAAGGCAGGAAGAGAACACAUCUAUACCACGAUAGGUCUCUACCAGGGAAAUCAAGUGGCCAUCAAGUACAUCAAGAAUGUUAGCAGUAAUUACCAGAAACCUUCAAUUAUUGCAGAGUUCAAUAUGAUGAAAGAGAUGAAACAUGAGAACUUGGUGCAGUUCUUUGGUGUUUGCAUCGAGCCACCGAAUGUCUGUUUGGUCAUCCAGUACUGCAGGAAAGGCAGUCUGAAGGAUCUUUUGAAGGCGACAGAUGUCGAGCUGGACGGGAUGUUUAAGCUCUCCUUUGCUUAUGACAUUGUCAAUGGAAUGGAGUUCAUUCACAAAAGUAACCUGAGAUUUCAUGGGAACCUGAAGCCCAGCACAUGUCUGGUGGAUAGUCGACUCCAGAUCAAACUCUCUGGCUUUGGACUGUGGGAGUUUAAAUAUGGGAGCAAAAACAAGAUCAUCCCACUGGACAACCCAAAUUAUGAGGAGAUGUACUGGACAGCCCCCGAGCUUCUGAGACAAGUCGGCCUCCCGGUGAAUGGAACGCCCAAAGCUGACAUCUACAGCUUUGCCAUCAUAAUGUGGGAACUCAUGUACAACUCUAAGGCUUUCCCAUAUCAAGACAUCAACCUGGAGCCCAAAGAGAUUAUCAUGCAAUUGCGGACACCUUUCCAAGGGGAACCCCUCCGACCAGUGCUGUGUGAGCAGCUGUGUGAUGAGAACAUCAACUCACUGCUGAGGGCCUGCUGGAGUGAAAACCCUGACCACCGACCGCCGUUUGGGUCUAUAAGGAGGCAACUGAGGGACAUCAGCCCAGAAAGUCAUGCAAAUAUACUGGAUAAUAUGGUGGAAAAGUUGGAGAAAUAUGCAAAUCACUUGGAGGAGGUGGUGGAGGAGAGGACCAAUCAGCUCACAGCAGAGAAGACCCGUGCAGACAAGCUUCUCUCCAGCAUGUUACCAAGGUACAUCGCAGAUCAGCUGAUGGCGGGGAAAUCAGUGGAGCCACAAAGCUACGACACAGUGACCAUCUUCUUCUCUGACAUUGUGGGCUUCACCUCCAUGUGCUCCGUCAGCUCUGCGUUGGAGGUGGUAACGUUCCUCAACGACCUCUACAGCCUCUUUGACGACAUCAUCAAGAUGUACGAUGUCUACAAAGUGGAAACAAUCGGUGAUGCAUACAUGGUAGCCAGUGGUCUACCGAUCAGCAAUGGCAUUAAGCACGCUUUGGAAAUAUCUACAAUGGCUCUGCAUUUCCUGAGUGCAAUCAAGGUCUUCAGAAUCCGCCAUAUGCCUACUGAGAGUCUUGCAAUUCGCAUUGGGAUACACUCUGGUCCAGUGGUUGCUGGAGUGGUUGGCACCACUAUGCCUCGCUACUGUCUGUUUGGUGACACGGUGAACAUGGCCUCUCGCAUGGAAAGUAACAGCUUACCCCUGAAGAUUCACAUAUCUCAGUGCACUGCUGACAUUCUUGUCCAGGCGGGAUCAUUUGAUCUGGAGGAAAGAGGUGAAAUCGAAAUGAAGGGUAAAGGCUCUCAUAAGACCUACUGGCUGCUGAACAAACAGGGAUUUAAUCCUCCUCUUAUUGCUCACAGCUCUCCACCAGCUGACAGCCGCAAACAACCAACGGAGAAACUAGGGAUGGCCCGAGCUGCUGAGAAAAAGGCCCAUAAAACCAUGACCAGAGCUCACAUGACAGACGCAACGAUGCCUAUGGUGCAAAUUUAAAGAACAAGUGGAUGUUAUGACCAUAUUUUGGUAAAUCAAAAGGAAUGACAAUUAUGAAGGUCUCACAGGAUGCCGAACAAGUUUGUUUCCUCCACUUGUGAAGAGGAGCACUGGAGACAAAAUGUGGACAAAGACUGGAGUGAAAAGACUGAUUUCAUGAGGAGAAAAUACAUCUCAAAACCUGGAUUACAACACUUGUGUUUUCAGACUCUUGCUAAAGUAAGCUCAAGAUUAUUUUUUUUCUAAUUCUUUGUGAUUUUUAACAUUUUAAAGUAUUUUUUAUUUAUUCUUGCAGCUACAAUGUUGUUACAAUUUUGUAAUAAUAUCAAUCAAUCAUCUGUUGGUUGAAAAAACAUGAUGUCCUGGGAGGACCAACACUUAAUGAAUGAAUGUUUUUUUUUUUUGAUAGAUUGAUAUAAGAAUGAGAGUAACGUGUACAUUUUCAAACAAUAUAAAAACUUUCACAAUCAAACAUUUACUAUAUAGUACUGGAGACGUCAGAGUAAAUACUUCUUAAACAAACCAUCUUUGGACAGUGAGUUAGCAAACAUACAUGCAUCAAAAUUAAACAAGCAUUCUAGUAAUAUGUCUUUCUCUACAAUUGUUUUUCUGCAAUAAUCCAAUAUAAGGGUUGUCAAAAACUCAAAACCACAGAGAAACAGAGGAUGUGAGUAUGUGGGCAGUGUUUAGCUACCAGACAGAUUUUGUGAGCAGAUACAGAUUUAUAGAAAGGAGCUCCCCACCUACCUCAUGGUGUCAGAUCAGGAGGAGGUAUUCUGUUAAAAGUCCUGCAUUCAAAUUUUGACUUAAGUAUUAUCAACACAUACUAAGUACUACGUACCAAAAGUAAAAGUACUCACAUGUCAGAGUAAUAUUUAUUAUUGGAUUAUAAUUAUUGAUGUAUUAAUGUGUUCUGCCCUUUAAUGUUGCAGCUGGUAAAAAGUAGAGCUAAUAUUAUUAUUAUCAAAAUGUAUUUAUUAUAUUUUUGACUAUUAAUCUGAAUCUGUAAAGUAACUUAAGCUAUUAAAUAAAUGUAGUGGAGUUAAAAGUACAAUAUCUGCCUCUGAAAUGUAGUGGAGUAGAAGUAUAAAGUAGGAGAAAGGGGAAUUACACGUGUAAAGUACAAAUAUCUAAAAAAAAUUCUUAAGUACAGUACUUGUGUAAAUGUACUUAGUUACUUUCCGACACUGGGGGUUAGCUAGUGGGCAAAUCACAUUUGAUUGGAUAAAUGUAUGUAAUUCAAGAUUAGUCAUCAGGAAAGGAAUAGAGAAGGAUUUUGAUAUAAAAAUACUCAAAAUUAUAUUUUUAAACAUAUAUUUAGCAUGUAACAGGAGACAAUUAACAAUUAACACAUGGACACACAAACAGAACAAUCAAAUAAUGUGUACUUUGUUCUAAUUUGUGUUUUUAUUGCACUUUGUGUAGAAGUCAGUGAGCCUCAUUCACUUAUAUGAGGCUAAUAUUUCGAAACAAGAAUAAUUAACUUUAUAAAAACUGGUCAGUCAGUGGCGGGGCGACACGCAGCGAAGGGUCACAGGUUGGAUUCGAACUGUGGUCGCUGCAGCAAGGACUCAGCCUUGGCACAUGGCAAUGGCACUGACCAUGUGUUUCUGUUUAGUGCUGCAACAAACAAACUACAAAUGAUGCUUCUAAUCCCAAUAUUGCUCCGUGUUGCUUUCAUGGUGAGAGUCUGAUUUUAAUUUCUGUAUUGAAUAAAACUGUUUAUUUAUUUACUAACUA